GUGGCUGUGGCUAGCUGCACGACCGUUUCAUCUUCGGAGCUCGGAUUGACACAAAAGGUUAUGUUUAGAAGGGGUCGAAAAUCCUACAUUACUUAUUGAAAAUGACUGAAAAAACCGAAGAAAUUGUUGAAGUGAAGCAGGAAGUCAAAGAAAUACUUCCUGGUUUCGAAAACUUCGAACAGUUUACAAAGGAAGGCUACAAGGUCCUAAUAGGAGCUAUAAAACAGUCUGGAAGCCUACCAAGCGGCGGUAACUGGAAUUUUUAUAACGCACACGAUGCCUUCAAAACUAUCCUUGCCAAUGAAGGAAGCAAGUUGCUUACAAACAUCAACACUAUCUUAUCGAAGAACAACAUUGGUGGCAACAUAAAAAAUAGGGGCUUGGAAGAAAAAACGGAGUUGGUGAUCGAUGCAAACGACUGUAUAUUAGAAAAGGUAGCUGAUAACAUAGAUGAAAUGAAUGGUAUCAAGAAGAAAUCCAACGAACCUGUUCUUAUCCAAACUGUCAGUGCUCAGUUACCAGUAAAUGGGUCUUGGAAUCGUGCGAAUAAUCCAACAUUUUCAGUUAGUUCUUCAUUGGCCUCACAGUCCACUCGUAGACCUACUGCUAAUGCCAUCAGAUUACUGACAGCAAAAAAUAUUGAAAGACCACAGAAAGCAUUUAAAGAUAAGAUCAUCAAUAGUAGUAGUUUUCCAUGGGAACCAAGGAUAAAGGAAAAACCUAAUUCCUUGAAACCUUUAGCCAUAUUGUUAGAGCAGUAUGAAGAUAGAGAAGAGUAUUCUCAUCCCUAUGAAUAUGAACUAGACAGAUUUGUACCACCUGCAGACCAGUUAUUGUCAGAAGAACCUAUAACACCUAAACCAAUUGAAAGUACACCACUUUAUGAAAUCAAUCAACCGGAACAGGUUGAAGGUCUAGUAGAAACUCUGAGGGGAUGCAAAGAGUUCGCUGUGGAUCUUGAACACCAUUCAUAUAGAUCCUUCAUGGGUAUCACUUGUCUGAUGCAGAUUUCUACCAGAGAUGCUGAUUACAUCAUUGAUACUUUAGCUUUGAGAGAUAAGCUGUAUAUGCUGAAUGAAGUUUUUACCAAACCUUCUAUUUUAAAGAUUUUCCACGGUGCUGAAUGUGACAUUCAGUGGCUCCAAAGAGAUUUGUCCAUAUACGUAAUCAACAUGUUUGACACGUACCAAGCGUCCAGGAUCUUGGGCUAUUCCGGAAGGUCGCUCGCGUAUCUGAUCGAGCGAUUUUGUAACUUCGCUCCGAACAAGCAGUUUCAGUUAGCUGAUUGGAGGAUCAGGCCACUUCCAGAGGAAUUGAAGCAGUACGCAAGGGGAGAUACGCACUAUCUCAUUUACAUUUAUCAGAUGAUGAAGAACGAUUUGAUAAGGAGGUCGCAUGGAGACGAUAACUUGUUGAAGUCUGUUUUCAAUGAAAGUACCGAGACAUGCAAGAAGCGCUAUUUCAAACCCCAUUUUAAGGAAGAUAGUUACUUGGACUUCUAUAGAAAAUGUAAGAGACUGUUUGACAACAGACAGUUGUACGCUCUGAAAGAAUUGUACAAAUGGAGAGAUGGAAUUGCGAGAGAGGAAGACGAAAGCACAGGGUAUGUGUUGCCCAACCACAUGUUACUCCAAAUAUCAGAAGCUCUUCCCAGGGAAAUGCAGGGUAUUCUAGCAUGUUGCAAUCCUAUUCCACCUUUGGUCAGGUCAAAUUUAUUGGAGCUUCAUAAGAUUGUACUUAGGGCUAGAGAACAGCCUUUACAAAAGACUAUUAUGAAGGAAGAUACAAGAGCGAGAGGCACCACUAAGAAAAUAUCAAAGAUAAACGUGGACAGUCCUAUUCAUUGUCCGCAUGAUCUGACUAAAACUCAAGAAUUUCGCGAUGAUCUGCCUAUUCUUUUAGGCGGUAAGUUUAACGAAAUAAAAAAUCUGUUAGAUCAAGAAUUGCCUGUUCAGAAACAACAUUCAAUGUAUUCUGUCUUCAACAUCCCUGAUACGUUGGAUAAUGAGUUGAGUUCAGAGACGAAGAAAAAGCUUGACAGUAUAAGUUUCUUAGGGCCAUUCGAUAGAUAUAAGCUCGUUAAGCCCUAUAUCCAAGCUGAAGAGCAAAGACUGGCUGAAGAAAAAUCAAAAGAAGAAGAGGAAAGAGCAAAAGCCAGAGCUGCGGAAGGAAACAGUCAACAGAAAACAUCCGAAGAAUCGACUGCACAGACUGACGCGCGUACAGAUGAAGAAAGGAUAGAAUCGAUACGGCAACACUUUUUGUCGUUGUCCAGGCUUCCAGCGUGGGAAGAAAUGGCAGCGCAGAACCACUCACUAGUUCAAAUGGGCGGUACUAAAAAAAGAAAACGUGAUGAUUCAUCGCCUGCAGAAGAGGAGGUUGACAAUUCAGCUGCCGACUUCUCUAUAACGAUACCAGAUAACAGUUAUCAGAGUAAUAGAAAGCGAAAAAGUGGUGACCAGAUUGGUGGGGUGGAAAAGCAACGGAAGUUGGGUGGAAAUGACGCUGAGAAAAAAAAUAGGAAGAAACAGAACAAGGGUCAGAAUCAUAAUAAAUCGGUAAACAGAAACAGUCAACACAACAAUCGAAAUAAUCAGGAUAGAAACCGGAAAAAUAAGGAACAGGUCACAAAUUUCGAGGUGUCGGUGGAGAAUGAAAGACUCAGCGGCAAUGUGAAUAUCCACUACCAAACGUCAACGCAAAAUAUGCGGAAUACACCCAACAAAAAGCAAAAGGGGAAGUUCAGAAAUAAAGAUAGGAAUAACCGUAAUUCACCGGCUACGCAAACGCAAAAUGUGCAAGAGGACUUCGAGCCUUUUGAUUAUGCCUCCGUUGACUUCAGGCAGUUUCAAGGAGGCGCAUCUAAGGCUGUUAAUAUUCAAAAUGCCAAAAGCAAGUUUGUCAAGGGCAAGAAAAUGGGCGGCAACAAAAACAACAAAUCGUUCACAUUUGGAGGUUCGGGUAGAGGUAGAGGUGGUGGCAGAGGAAGAGGUAGAGGUGGUGGCAGAGGAAGAGGACGUUGAACUAUGUUUAAAAAUGUUUACUUUAAUUUGUUAUGUUCUAAAGGUGCAAAUAAACAUCUUAAUGCGUUA